UACAAGGAAGUCAAUAAAAAAUAUUGAUAUUAAAAAUUAUUUUAAAACUAUAUAAAAGCUAUAUAAGCGAAAGUAAAGCGAUAACAUAAGUAAAUGUAAGAGCAACACAUGAGAUACAGAUUACGUGUUAGCGGUAAACACGAUUAAUAUAUAAACAAAUGCAGAACAAAGUUUAAAUGUUUAAACGGAUUUAAGCGAAGACGUAGAUCUGAGAGGAGUACAUUGCCACAAAUUUUAACAAAAAUAUGAUUUAUAUUGAUGAUUCAGAACCGGAAGGGGUGUUGGAACCGUCGUUUCCUUAUCGAGAUGUUACCAUACAAAAGGGAGUGGACGCUAAUCAGCUCUACGAUAUAAUCAGCGAAGUAGGCCGAGGUAAAUUCGGUACCGUUUAUAAAUGUCAAGACAAAUCGACGGGAUUGAAGUUGGCCGCAAAGUUUGUUCCAAUACCAAAACGGGAAGAUCGUCGGAAUGUUGAACGGGAAGUGGAAAUAAUGAAUUCAUUGCAACAUCAUUUAAUUAUUCAACUUUAUGCUGCUUACGAACACCAGAAAAUGAUGUGUGUGGUGCAGGAAUUGGUGGAAGGAGGUGAGCUAUUCGAUCGUGUUGUAGAUGACGAAUUCAUUUUAAACGAACGUGUGUGUGUUGUUUUCAUACGGCAGUUAUGUGAAGCAAUGGAAUACAUUCAUCGCCAUAAUAUACUACAUCUGGACCUGAAGCCCGAAAAUAUCUUAUGCUUGACAGAAGGAGGUAACCGCAUUAAGAUCAUUGAUUUCGGCUUAGCACGGAAAUAUGAUCCUGACAAAAAACUACAGAUACUGUUCGGAACACCAGAAUUUGUAGCUCCUGAAGUGGUAAACUUUGACUGCAUCUCUUAUGGGACAGAUAUGUGGAGUGUCGGCGUGAUAACGUACGUACUCAUAUCCGGCCUUUCACCGUUUAUGGGUGAAACUGACAUUGAAACAAUGGCAAAUGUGACCAUAGCAAAAUACGAUUUUGAGGAUGACUCCUUCAGAAAUGUAUCUCCAGAGUGCCUGAAUUUUAUAUCCAAACUGCUGGUUAAGGACUUAGUUAACCGCAUGAACGCUUCUCAGUGUCUACAACACAAAUGGUUGGAAAAGCGCUCAAAACCUUCAUCGAAAAACAAAACCAAAUUCACAAACGUCAAAACCACUAAGCUGAAAGAUGCGAAGUCUUUGCUCAUAACACUUCCUAAUGACUCCGCAAACGUAGAAGCAAGCAAAGCAGAAGCCUGCGGUGAUUUAACAGAGGAAUUGGAGGCAACAAAGGAAAAUCUUAAGAAUUUUAUAGAACGCUGGGAGGCACAUCCCAACAGUCCUUAUGUAUUCGACGUUGAGGAGAAUGUGAUAGCGCCGCUUACGGGAAAUGAAUAUAAAAAGUUUCAUGGUGCUAAUAGUAUAUUAUCCUCCAGAGCAUUUUCUCCAUCUCCUUGUGAAUCCCUCAGCACCAUAACCGACGAUGAGAAAAAAGAAGUUCAAAGUGAUUUGGUAAUUGAAGGCCAAAAUGCUGCUGACGUGCCUGCAAGCAAAUCCAAUGAGAAGCUAUUUCAACGUAGUUGUAGCAGUUCAGCAACCCUUAUGUCAUCGCAAAGUCCCUUUGAGAAUGAAAUAUAUCAAUCGACCAGCAGUUUCAUGAAUUUGGAGCAACGCUCAUUACGGUCCUAUUUGCAUACAUUCGAUCGCCGCAAUUCGGACACCGCUUGUUUAUUGGGUCGCAGAAGUUCUGGGGAGCGUGUAAAUCUAGCAAAUGAAAUAAAAAAGUUGUCCGAUCACUUACUAAUGUUAGCUGAAAUCAACACAAAGUUGGAUAAUGAAGUUAAAGCGGAAGCUAAUGAAGUACACAACGCAAAGACGAACAAACCAAUAAAAUCGAAAAAUCAAUUAAAAAUAGUAAAGGCAACAAAAAAAGCAAAAGAAGGUAGCAAAAAUAUUUCUGACGCAGCUAUCGCACAAUCUACUGGCGUAAUUGAUGUAACAUCAACAAGUGCCAGCGAUUGCUUCAACCACCUAAAUACAACUAAUACGCGUACGACUUCUUUAACUUGGCGACUGCAGAAAUCCUUGGAUGAUACACCUACACUAAAUAAUAACAAAUUUAAAAACAUCAUCGCCUCUAAUUCGAACAGCGCAAUAACGGUCGCAAAAAAAACGGCUUCAGUAACUGAGGCGGCUAGUAUAAAACGUGCAAAAUUUCGCAUAAAUCAAAUGAGUCGCGAUGUUCCUAUAGGUCUACCUGAUAUGCAUCAGACUGUUUACCUGGAAGAGGCAGCAAAUAAUACUAAAGAUUGCCUUCUACAUUUGCUGGAAAAGUACAAUGAGGCCAGGACACGGAAUCCUUUGGGUCGUCAUCAGAGCAUCAGCGUUGAUUACAAUUUCAGUGACAAUCUGGAGUAUCGCUCAAUGAGUUCAAUAAAUGCGUUUUUUCAACGGCAUAGCCAUACCGGCGACAACGUACGACAAUUACAAGCACAACUAAAGGACAGAACAGGGAAAAACCAAUGAACACCGCGCGGAAUUUUGGUUUUUUUAUUUUUAUUGUGAUUAUAUAAUUAAAAAUAAAAAUAAAUAGAAAUUAAAGAAUUUUCUACGGUUUUUCUAUGGUUUAUGAUAUCAUCCCUAG